CUCGCCGAGCGGAGAAGAAUGCGGGGGUUUCCCAGGGAAGAGCUCUCUAGCCAGCGGUAGGAAAGAGGGUCGCCUGUAUCGUUUUCCCCCUCUAGGAAGGAGCACUCGUUGAUCGAGAUUCUCCCAUCCAGGUGUUCGAGGGAAAGCGGGGCGGAGCGAUUUGCAGCUGCUCUUGCCAGGCGCAGAAGGUCUGAAGCAGCCGAGCCCCAUUUCUCCCCUCCUGGAAACCGGGAAGUCGGGGCGGAGCGGCUCUCUAGGCCACCUCGGACUGCCUUGGGCUUCACUUGGCUCCCCUCGAGCAGAAAACCCAUUCAGGCACAGAGAUCUCCAGGGAUGGAGGACUCCCUCAGCCCAGAGAUCCACCGCCGGCGCUUCCGCGGUCUCGAUCGCUGGGGCCAGGAGGCCGAGGGGCCCCGGGAGCUUUGCAGCCGCCUGCACGGGCUGUGCCGUCAGUGGCUGCGGCCGGAAAGGAGCAGCAAAGGGGAGAUGCUGGACCUGGUGGUGCUGGAGCAGCUGCUGGCCGUGCUGCCCCCGGAGAUGGCCAGCUGGGUGAGGGAGUGCGGAGCCGAGAGCUGUUCCCAGGCGGUGGCCCUGGCCGAAGGCUUCCUGCUCAGCCAAGCCCAGAGGGAAGAGCCGGGAAAGGGGCAGCAGGAACCAUUCAUGGGGGAGAUCUCCACAGAGCUUCAGGAAAGAGGAGAUCCAUCCAGCCCUUCCCAGGAACUGCUUUUUAGAAAGAUCCAAUUCGGGCCUCCUCGCCAGGAACCAUUCAUGGGGGGGAUCUCCACAGAGCUUCAGGAAAAAGGAGAUCCAUUCAGCCCUCCUCAGGAGCUACUUUUUAGAAGGAUCCAAUUCGGGCCUCCUUGCCAGGAAACAUUCAUGGGGGGGAUCUCCACAGAGCUUCAGGAAAAAGGAGAUCCAUUCAGCCCUCCUCAGGAGCUACUUUUUAGAAGGAUCCAAUUCGGGCCUCCUUGCCAGGAACCAUUCAUGGGGGAGAUCUCCACAGAGCUUCAGGAAAGAGGCGAUCCAUCCAGCCCUUCUCAGAAGCUGCCUUUUAGAAGGAUCCAAUUCGGGCCUCCUUGCCAGAGAUCUGGUCCAGAGGAGGUGACUGUGGACUUCACAAUGGAGGAGUGGGAGCUGCUAGAUUCUCGUCAGAAAACCUUGUGCAGAGAAGUCAUGUGGGAAAUUUCAAAGAAUAUGGCUGAUCUGGGAGAUGAUGGGCUGGAAAAUAGCAAGCAAGCAAGAUUAAAGACAGAGAAGUGUGAAGUUGAAGAAGUGAUAUUGGGCCAUGAAGAGGACACAAGAAGAGAAGAGAGAAAGCACUCAGAGAAUGGAGGGGAGACGUCAUCCACUUCUGUUCCGGUUGGCAUCCAUAGCUUCCUGUCCCAGCAAGUCCUGGAAGAAAAGAAAAUGGUGCAGGAGCCGUUCAUGGGGGAGAUCUCAGCAGAGCUCCAGGAAAACUCCAUCCAGCCCUUCUCAGGAGCUGCUUUUCAGGAAGAUCCAACUGGGGCCUCCUUGCCAGAAAUGGAGGAUUACAUUUCUAAACUAAAAAAUUUUUCUAAACUGGACUUUCAAUCAAAGGAGGAGGUAAUAAUUAAAGGAAGACCAACGCCGGAGCUAAAGGGCCUGCUUCAGAGGCAUAAUCAGAAUACCCGCUCUUUCCAAACCGAGUGGUACACACGAAAAGACUGGCUGUGUGGAUGUUCAGUAAGAAACCGCCUUUUCUGCUUUCCCUGCCUUCUUUUCUCUACUUGCGACAGUGUCUGGACUCAGAUGGGAUAUUGUGACCUGAAGAAUUUGCAAAGAAGUCUCAUCAAACAUGAGCAGUUGACCACCCAUAUACAUAGUCAGAUCACGCUAAAAACGUUCGGCAUAUCCAGGAUAGACAUAGCUUUAGACAAACAACGCAGACUCAACAUCAACAUCCACAAUGCUAAGGUAAAGGAAAACCGAGAUACUUUAAAAGAUCUCAUUGAUGUCACCUGUUUCCUCGCCAAGCAACAGCUGACAUUUCAUGGAAAUGAUGAAAGUACAGACUCUACCAAUCGUGGAAACUAUGUUGAACUCUUACAUGUUUUUGCUGAGAAAGAUGACAGGCUAGCUAAACAUUUGAAAACAUCCACUGUAUUUUCCAGCUUGUCAAACAGAAUACAGAAUGAUUUAAUUGAAGCAGUCAGUGAUGUCAUUAGAAAUGACAUUAAAAAAGAGAUUAGUGCAACUCCAUUUGUUGCUGUAGAAGUAGACGAGACCAUAGAUGUCACAAACCGAGCUCAGAUUUCUGUCAUACUGCGGUAUGUGGCUAUGACUGAUGCCAAAUGUGAGGUGAAGGAGGCGUUUUUGGGAUUUGAUGAUGUGAGUGAGGACAGACACGCUCCCGCAAUUGCUGAGUAUAUCCUGAGAGUGUUGCAGAAGUAUGACUGUGUUGGAAAGCUUGUAGCUCAGACCUACGAUGGGGCCGCUGUAAUGGCAUCAGAACUUAAUGGCGUGCAAGCUAAAAUAAAAGAAAAAGUGCCCGAAGCCAUGUUCACACACUGUUAUGCACACAAGCUGAACUUGGUGCUUUUGCAUUCAGCAAAGUGCAUGCCGGAGUGUCGCACAUUUUUUAAAACAGCUGAGGGACUAGCGUCAUUUUUCAGCAAGUCCACAAAGCGCACUCACUUGCUGAAUGAUGAUGUUAAGUGCCGUUUACCCAGAGCAGCGCCCACAAGAUGGAGUUUUAACUCUAGGCUGGUGCAGACAAUAAGCAUGCACCAAAAUGAUCUGCGCGCGUUAUUUCAUGUCAUUCUAGAAAAUCCUGACAACUGGGACAAUGACACACUAAUGAUGGCAGCAGGAUACGAUCAGUGGCUGUCAAAACCAUCAACAUGCUUUCUCCUUAUGGUAUAUGAGGAUAUUUUCAAUGAAACUGACACACUUUUUAAAGUACUACAAAACAAAGUGAUGGACAUUGAAUAUUGUCUUGCACGCAUCCGCGACACCUUUACAGCUCUUGAGCGCAUGAAACUGGAGUUCAACAGUUUAUAUGACCGAUUUGAGAAGAAAUGCAGCUCACUUGGCCUGACAGGGACUGGACGUAGAGAGUGGGUUAUUAUAUCUGAACAAAAACGAGUGUUUUGUAACAUUUUGGAGAAUAUAAACCAUCAAAUGCAGGUUAGGUUUGAUCAUUUUGGUGAGUUGACUUUCCUUGGUUUGGUGGAUUGCGCAAAAUUUAGUGAAAUGUCCAAACGUUUUGAUGACACAAAACUGCAGAGCCUUUCAAAAUAUGCCAGAUUUUUUGACUUUGUUAAACUGAAGGCGGAUCUCGUUGGACUGUACAGCUCACAAGUGAUCAGGGAUACAUGUAAAUCUCCUGCACAGCUUCUUAGCUUUCUGGCACAGAAAGAUCUCAUUGAGACUGUUCCUCAGGCCACAAAGUUGCUCCAGCUUGUGCUCACUGUUCCAGCUAUGGCAGUAUCGGUGGAGCGGUCAUUCUCAGCACUGAAGAGACUAAAAACAUACAGUCGGAACAAGACCAAUCAAGGACAACUUGCUUCCCUGGCUGUGAUCGCCAUUGAAACAGAGAGACUUUUAAAAUUAAAAGAAGAUAACGAAAAAUUCUACCAGCAAGUCAUAGAUGCUUUUGUUCAGAAGGAGCAGCGGAUGGACUUCAGUUAUAAGUAAUGGAGAUGGAAAAAAGUUGGAAAAUGAGAAUAGCAAGCAAUCAAGCUUAAAGACAGAGAAGCAUGAUGUUGAAGAGGUGAUAUAUUGCCAUGAAAAGGACACAAGAAGAGAAGAGAGAAACCACUCAGAGAAUGGAAAGGAGAAGUCAUCCACUUCUGUUCCUGUUGGCAUCCCUAGCUUCCUAUCCCAGCAAGACCUGAAAGAACAGGAAAAGGAAAAAUAUGGGAUAAAAGAGAAAAAUUGAUUUGAUUUAUAUGAAUGUGGUAUAAACCGGACUGAAGGAGAAAUAUAUGAAAAAUAUGUCAGUAAUUUGUUCUCUCUUACUUUACUUUACACACUGGAGAGAAACCGUAUAAAUGCAUUAAAUGUGGAAAGACCUUUA